GGCCAAUCAAAAAUUGGAGAAUUACCUAUCACGAUUAAUAUAAGACGAUUGAUUAUGUCUCAUUAUUUUAAAUACUUGUAGAGACAAACACUUGCUUCAGGAUGCUCUGCAAAAUUUGUAUUUUUACCAUUCUCUUGGCCACUUUUGGAACAUGGGGAACUUGGGCACAACUUUGCAUUCCUGAACCUGUGGAAACCAUAGAACUCAACGCCAGCACUUUGUCGUGGUCUUCGAGCGACAACUGUGAAGGGACCCAAUACAUGAUCAUCAUAAGAUCAGCUGGCAUCAUAGAAUAUGAAUAUACUGUCGACUCCUUAAGUUUGGACGUUUCCUUCCUAAAACUCUGCCGAAGAUACAGUUUCACUGUUACCCCUUCAGCUGAUCACAUUCUAGGGUUGGAAACUUCUUUGGAUUCAGGGAUUGCUUUGCCAGAAGAUACAGACAUAGUCGUGCAGAAUUUCACAGGAGUUCAAAUAGGCGAAGAUGUCUUGAUACAGUGGUACGUAGACGAGAACUUCACGAACUGCAUAACGUACUACCACGUCCUCAGUUGGCAUGAGGAUACAGACACGCCAGAUUCCUUAUAUAUAGGGCAAAAUGGCUACCUAGUGGAGCACGUGGCGCAGUGCAUGAACUACAGGUUUGAUAUAACUGUACACUACAACAGCGUUAAUGGUACGACAGCACAGUUCAACUACACAGUACCAGAAAAAACUAACACGCCAACUUUGGUUGAGCUAAGACAGGGCUCGUCCCAAAUCAACACCACCUGGAGCUUGGAGAAAUAUUCCUUGAACAGAUGUAACAUUACGGCCCUCUACGUCAAUGGGACUCACUUCAAUCAGACGUACGAAAUAGUGGACGCCCCAGAGAGACCUGAUGUUCUAGUCAGCAUUACUAGUCUGAGGGCUGAUACCAUGUACUAUUUUAACGUCUCCACAGAAAAUACGGCGGGGGUAUCUCCAGCUUUCCUAAUAGCUGUGCAGACUCUUGAAAUAGACCCGUCAGUUGACUAAAUGUUUUUCAAAAUGUAUCUUUAAUAAAACUUUUUUUUUGUAUUAUAUAAAUAAUGUCAAAUUGUGAAAUAAAUAAGUUUA